GGCUUUUACGGUUACCUCUUCCCUGUUUCUUCGUUGCCGUUCGCUUGAAAUAGUGGUUCCUCUUCGGCAUCGCUGGUUAGAACCAGGUAGAGCUUUGUCGAACGGGUCGCUUGCCAUUGCCUGUCUAGGGUUUGCUUUUGCUGUUCUGCUUCGCGUGAAGUGGAGUUCUGAAAGAGUCGAAAGCUUCUCCGCCUCCUCCACGUUGUUCUUGUCGGAUCGGAAGUCGCACCGGGAGAUCGCUGCGAAGGUAUCACCAUCAAUUUUUCUGAUGUCGUUGCGAGAGAGCCUUAACAAGUUUAAACAGCAGCAGGCGAAGUGCCAAUCUACGCUGACUAGCAUAGCUAAUCGAAGUUCAAGGCCCACCCAUUCUCAAAAACAGGCAUCGCUAAGCACUUCUUCAGCUCCAUCAAGAGUUGCUGCCCCUGUGAAAUUUUCAAAUGAUACAGCAAGGCUUCAGCACAUCAGUGCAAUUAGGAAGUCCCCAGUUGGCGCGCAGAUAAAGCGUGUGAUUGAUUUACUUUUGGAGACAAGGCAAGCUUUUACACCAGAGCAAAUCAAUGAAGCAUGCUAUGUUGAUAUCAUCGGCAACAAGGUUGUCUUUGACAGUUUGAGGAAUAAUCAUAAAGUACAUUACGAUGGGAGGUGUUUCUCCUACAAGUCCAAACACGAUUUGAAGGGUAAAGACCAGUUGCUUUCUUUGAUUAGAAAGUAUCCGGAGGGUCUUGCUGUUGUUGAUGUGAAGGAUUCAUAUGCAUCAGUUAUGGAUGACUUGCAGGCUUUGAAAGGAGCAGGACAAGUAUGGCUCCUAGCCAACAACGAUUCUCAGGAAGAUAUUGUGUAUCCUAAUGACCCCAAGAUGGUGAUCAAAGUAGAUGAUGACUUGAAGCAGCUCUUCAGGGGGAUUGAGCUACCUCGGGACAUGGUGGACAUCGAAAAAGAUCUUCAGAAGAAUGGAAUGAAACCUGCGACAAACACGGCCGAGAGGCGGGCUGCGGCUCAAGUCUAUGGCAUCCCUUCCAAGCCAAAACCAAGGAAGAAGAGUGGAAUCAGCAAACGUACCAAACUCACAAAUGCUCACCUUCCUGAGCUAUUCCAGAACAUAUAUGUGCCUGAUUCUUGAAAAAUUGAAGAUUUGAGCUUGUAAGCUUUCAUGUAUUUGAUUUUGUUUUAUGUUAUGCUUUUGUAGUUAGAUUGUAAAAGUAGUCUGUCUCUCUCUUGAUGGAGAGAUUAUUUUGUGAGGACGCCGAACGUAGCUCUACAUCCGGAUAUCCCAGCAGUACCGAGCCGCGGUACUGAGCAGUACCGAGCCCCGGUGUUGUGAUACCGAGCUGCGAGCCUAGAUAUCCGAACAGGGUUCGACUUCCACACUGAAUAAUUUUUCCUCUUGAUGUCUGUUAUGUGUUUAAUUUUCUUAAUUUGAUCUACUCGAUUUAUGUAAUUUCAUAGGUUGUAAUUUUGAAUGGUGCCAAAUAUUGAAUUGGGUACUUUUGAUUUCUUAA